AUGAAAGGAUGGCUUUAUCUUGUUCUUUUUUGCUGCAUAGGAUUUUUCCUACAAUGUGUCGAAAUGAAAAAGGAGAAGAAACAUGUUUCUUCUGACGUUGAUCGUGUGCUUUUCGCGCUUAAAAAAGCCGUGAUGUUUUUUGAGCAAAGCGGAAAUAAUUUGAACUUGGACGCGUACUUUGGGCUUCGAAUCGCUCAAGGUUGGUAAACGUUUCUUUAUAUAUUACCAUCCUUCCUGUUCAAUAUUGUGCUUUGAGUAAAACUGUGAAGUGUACCAUGAGAGUAAGUCUACCAAUAAGCCAAAACACAUUUACCUUUUCUUAGCUGGCUUUCAGAAUGAUACCUUAAAUCAAAAUUACAAUCACAGCAGACUGAAGCCUGUUAAUGCCUUUUAGACCGCUAAAACUUAACCUUUUUCUCGGACGAAUUCAUGACAAUAUGAGCUAUCAAAAUUUUAGCAUUGAAUAAGUGCCUGGGAAGAACGAACAUCAAAACACAUACAUUUCACGUCGGAUUUUUUAUUUUAUAAUGAUGCCACUUCUAAAAAGAGACUGUCCAGAAUGUUUAUGGUGGUGAUUGCACUUCUAAAACUUGUUACGUGAUUAAUUUGCAUAGGAAAUCUUCUUUAGAGGCCCAGUACUAGCCUGAUCAGUUGAAGGUAUAAAGAAAUUUAGUAUAAUAUUUUAACCUAUAAAAUAGAAUCAGGUUGUCAGGUGCUGAGUCUUGAAAAAGACCUACCAUCCACAAAGAUUAGAUGUCAAAGGUCUGGCAUAUUUAUCUAAACUAGUUCCCAAAAAGGAAGGAAAAAUAUAUCGAUAUCUAUCUAUAUCAAGAUUUUUAUGUGAGCGAUUCACCUUAUACUUGCAAAAGAGAGGAUUUAAUUCGGCUUCAUUUAAAAAUAAAUAAAUAAAAUAAAUCGUUUAAUAGGGGACAGUUAUACUGAGUAACCCAGAAGUUAUUUAAGACCAGAAACCAGUGGCGAUCCAGGGUGUCGCCCAAACUAAAGUGAGGCCUGAAGGGCCGGAAAAAUUUUUUUGAGACCGGGACCACCUGCGCCCCCAUCUUAGGAUCCGGAUGACCACCCCCCAACUCCCACCGAAAUUUUAAAAAUAUCUUUCACUUCACGGACGCUCAGACAACCCGAAGCCUACCUCUUUAACAUAUGAGGCUACCAGUUACAGUUAGCGCUCGAUCGCGACAACUAAGGGGAAAAAUAGGACUAGGAUCAACGUGUUAGAUCCAGCAGAUGUCUUGUAAGAUUUACAUGCUCUGACCCCUCGGCAAGCAACUAUGGCCUUACUGUAAGGAUGCAGUAGGAUACCAAGCUAGAGUUAAUAUUUAGUGUAUUGGCGGCAUUCAUCAAAGGCUAGGACCACUACUUGGUCCUUUCUUAUUCGCUUCACCCUCUAGGCUCUCAUAAUUCCCCUCUCAUGAUCGAGAAAACAGCCGACAUUUCGAGAUGCCACCACUGGUUUCCCCGCGAAAUGACGUCAGAGAAACGUGGGCAGAAAUUCCAUACUGAUGACGCGACACUACCUAGAUCUGGGUAGUGCUUCUGAUUGGCUGAAAAUUUGCUGUAACCAAUCAGAAGCAUUACCCAGAUCAAGGCAGUGUCGCGUCUAGGGCUUUCCACAAGUUCUUCGGCAACUUUUUGGCAACUUCUCGUAUUUCAAGCAACCUUUUUCGUUUCUAGCAUUUUUUUGCAUUCUGAGCAAUUUCUCUCGUUACCUUCUAAUUCUUAGAUAUCAGAGCAGCUUUUAGUGCUUAAAUUGGCCGUUCUUCCACAUUUCACUGUGCUUAAGUAGACAAUUUAUGAAUUUACCGUAAAAAAGGAGCUAAAUCCUCCCAUCUAGGGCAGAUCAUGGGGGCAAGAUAAGAGUAGCCGGGCUGCUAGGUCAGCAGUUUUUAGAGAAAAUUCAAAAUGGUGGACGAAGAUUCACACUCGACUGACUUGAGUGUCUCGGGUGAAGAAGGUCAUUCAACAAUUUUAUUGGCUCAUCACAUCUUAAUUGAGGACGAAGUUAUUUAGCAACGCUGGUUAUGCCGCAAAAUAUAAUUACACAAAAAUGCUUAGAAAUCUUACUUUUGUUGUAAAAUUCGCAUAUUUUAGCAUCAGGCCAUAAAAAAUUUUUGUUUCUUUCGAGCACCUUUUAAGAAACUUUCGUUACAAAAGCAACUUUUAAUUGUUUUUUGAGCAUCUUUUGAGAAACUUUUCAGAAAUUACGGGAAAAAUUUUUGGAAAAUCUCGCGCACCUUGUGGAAAGCCCAAGUCGCGUCAUCAGUAUGGAAUUUCUGCGCUCGUUUCUCAGACGUCAUUUUGCAGGGAAACCAGUUGGGGAGUAGCGAAAUGUCGGCUGUUUUCUCAGGCUAUAAAUGCAUAAAUACUGACUAACGGAACUGACUUUCCUUUUCAUGUUCUUCAUUUUGACAAGGUAAUUUCAUCGCGUUAACUACGCGUAAAAAACGUAAAAGCCUCGGCUACGGUUCUGAGAUUUACAGGCAACUUAUUCAACUUGAGAAACUGGUUUCUCAAAUCGGAUCAAAAUCGGUAAGGACAUUACAGCACGUAAGCCCAAGGUACUUCAGAUUGGUUGGGUCGACUGUGACACAGCCCUGGAAAACAGCGAAGCGAUUCAAGCGAGUAAACCCGAGGCUCGUCACUGCAAUUAAUAUAAAGAUACUACACAACGAUAUACUGCAGGAUUAUAAGCCUUGUUUGGCCAAGUUGCUUGGAAGUCCGGAGUAUGGGAGCAAGCCUUGCAAUGUGACUGAGGAUUGUUGGGAAGUGAUGAUGCGACCGGGGGAGAUUGGGUACGUGCUAACUCAUCAGGCUCUUUAUUUCAUGUUUGGCGAGCAGAAAGGUUAGUGAAAUUAUCAUUGUAUACAAACUAGCCACAACAAACACAAACAAAUACAAAAGGUAACGGAAAAACUAACAACGAUAAUGGGUACCUGUACAGACGUGCUGCAGCUGUCACGGCAGUGCUCUUUUGGUGCCAAAGGCGACUUUUGUUAGGACGCUCUUGUCAGAAAACUAGCAAAGAAUAUACAAAUUAGUAAACCAACUAGUUUGACAAUCUAGUUUGUCAAAAAAUAAUAACAAAAAUAAUAACAAAUAAAUAUAAGUAUGCUCUGAACAGAGGCAGCUGUAUUUUGUACAAAUGUUAGCAACGCAGAAUAAGCGUUCUUUCAAAAUGUUUUACACUUUUUAAAAGUGGUUAAUACGGUAAUAAAGAGAUGGCCAUAAUAGUUGACAAAAAGGGAUGAAAUUUAGUAGGAAAGUUUUAUCGGAGGGGCGUCGCGGUUUUUCACAACUUUUGUGCGUCUUAGUGUUGUUAAAAUUUUCAAAUGUGAAUAGAUAGGCCGGUUCCAGCCGAUCAGAAUUACUUUCAAUGUAAAUAUUGAUUGAUUAAAAGUUCAUCGCGUGAUUGAGUGAUUGAGUGGUUGACAGGUUGCUUCAGUAUCUUUUCAAAGAAGAUAAAGGCGUCCAACAGCUCGUUGGAAUCUGUGUACGACAAAAUCUGCUCAAACAUCUACAGUCAACUGCUAAUGAUGGAGGGAAUUCGCAAGAUCAAAAGAAUAGACGCUGAUCUUAUGAUGGAACAGAGUGUAGUGUGUGGAUUACUAGGAUAUUACGAGUUCUUGUCGCCAACACGGAUGGAAACUUUGAUUAAGUGGCAGCGAGCGAGUGGUUGUUAUGGUGACAUUAAAGAAGAGGAGAAUUCAAAUGGCAAUCACAGCAAGCAGACCAUGAGAAAAAUUCUCAUGGAGAAAGAAUUGUCGGGUAAGCUUUUUUUGAGUCUUGCCAAUAAGCACCUACAAUCCUGGCCAAAAGGUUUUGGGACACAGCCUCUUUUUUACGUGCUUUGUAUGGAAUUUGCAGCUAACCGGCAAUAUAGCCACCGCGAGCAAGCUCUCCAUUUACUGCGAGUGAACGCGCGAGCGAGCGGCGAAGCCCCUCGCAUUCGCCGCUCCUUUCGGGGGGGGUGCUCUCGCGUGACUUCCCGCGAUUCCCCUAAAUGGAGUGCUUGCUCGCAGGCUACCGGAAGGGCGUUAACAAGGUUUCUCCCCUCUUCCAGAACAAAGAUGUGGCCCAUAAUUUGGACAAGAUUUGAAAAAGAGUGUUUGACUAGUAAAACCCAACCCUGGCCAGGGGGAGGAAGGGUUAACUUGAAUUGCAAUUUUCGUUACAUGAAAGACAAAGUGUCCCAAACGUUUUGUCCAGGAUUGUACUUCACAAGUGGAAUAAAUACUUAGCACUGUUUUUCGUUUCACAUAAAAAUGUUUUUGCAGCUCAGCGGAAGGAAAAAAAUAUAUUUAUUCAUAGUUACAUUAUUUACGAGAACACGAACUGCAAGUACUUUGGCAGAAAAAGACCUCCAAGUAUCUGAUUUUUUUUUUCCAGUAGAAACCGGAUGAUAAAAUUUUGAGUUAGCAAAUGAGACGCUUCAAGAAUGCAGUAUCUUGCGCCCCACCUAUCAAAUAUAUUUAGGCAGUAGAUCACCUUUUUUUCAAAACACUCUGUUCAUAGCAGUCACUUCAAUGGUCGCCAAUAGACAUUUUAACAUGAUCGAAGAAUGAAACCACUUUACCCAACUGGAGGCCAAAAUAUCGACAACAUUCGAAAUUAAAUCCAAAUUAAGCAACCCUAAUUAUUAAUCCUGAAAAUUGUGUUAAAGUUUAUGAAAAUGAUACAAACAAUAUAUCAUUAGGGAACCCUUUUAACCCUUAAAAAAAGUAAAACAAAACAAAAAGCCUUGAAAGUCAAUCCUGGUUUUAUUGCAAACACCGUAAGUCACUUAUUAGGUCUAGACAAACGUCGAACUUUUCGUGAGACGAACCAAACUUAGUGAGUUAAGUUCGUGAAAAGUUCGACGUCAGUAGCUAAGUUGAGUUCGUCGGAAUGAGUUUGGAUCGUCCAUACGUUCUAUCCGUCUGCUUCAGACUGAUAGAACGUCUGAAGCUCGUCUCCGGGACAAACGUUGAUCUUCACAUGCGACAAACUAAACUAAUAAAUUUAAAAAAAUUGUACGAUAAAUGUUUAUUAAGCCUUUUUCGGGAGAAAAUUUAUUGGAAUUGCUUUUGUUACGAUUCAGCCGUGGUUGGUUCGACGUGUCCUAAGUUCGACGUCUGAUGCAACAGACGAUCUUAACUUAGUUUAGGACGGCCCAAAUUAGAGUUUGGUUAGUCUCAUAAAAAAGAUCGACGUUUGAACUUGGCCUUAGCUUUUUGUUUGUGUUUUGGCAGAUGGGUGCGAAUCACAUAUUACAGGAGUUGGGACCGCUCUUCUCUCCAUUUAUCUUCGUUAUCUCAUCGAAAAUGAUACACCCCUAUGGAAUGGACUCGAUUAA